UUCGCUGCUACGCAUAUGUUGGUGUUUAUCGAAACAGAAACAUGGCAGCCAUACCGGUAUCUUCCGAAUACCCUUCUGCUCAAGAACACAUCCCAAUGUGUAUAGAACACGAAUUGAAUGUAGAUAUGACAUGUGAGGACUGUGAUGAGUUUAUUUGUUCGCAAUGUGCCAAAACAGACCACAAGGACCACGACUGGAAAACAAUUCCUACAGCAGGAAGUCUAAGGAGAAGAGAGCUAAAGAAAACUCUGAGUAAGGUUAAGGAGAAAGAUAUUGCAGAGAUUGAUGUGAAAAUAAAGAAGGCAUCCAAACAAAGAGAGGGCAACAAAAAAUGUUGCGAUUCUGAGGUCUCUAAACUUCAGAAACAUUAUGAUGCGAUUGUGUCAAAACUUGAUGAAAUCAAGAAGAAUUUGGAGACUAAACUGGUGGAAGAUCUGGAAAGAAAAAAUGCUGAAGUGAGUAAGAAAAAACUAGAUUUAGAAAAGAAAAGAGACAAUAUCAAGGAUCUUGUGGAAUUCCUGGAAGACAAACACGGUACCAUGUCUGACUAUAGUUUGAUAGACAACCUCAGAGACUUGAGCAACCUCGUGUCAAACACAGACAGUGAUAUAGAGAGGGGGGAUCAUUCGGUCAGAUACAGAGGAGGGUACAUCAGUGAGGGGUCACUGGACUCUUUAAUGGGACAAACGUUUGAUUUGGCUGAUAUCAGUGUUACUGACACUGCACGAGAACUCGCUAUUAAUCUAACCUUCAACGCAAUUAAAAGUAUUGCAUCAGUGACUCGAACACAAGUUUGUGAGAAGCUUCGGAAGGCCAAUUUUUUUAGUCUGACAUGUGAUGGUGCCACUGAUUUUACUGGUGAAGAGUUGGAGAAUGUAUAUGUCCGGAUUUGCAACAAUGGGAAGCAAUUUGCUGACACAGAGGGGCGUCGCCCACGUAUUCUUGUAGCCAAAGUUGGUCAAGAUGGCCACGAUAGAGGGGGAAAGAUCAUCGCCACAGGCUUUGCUGAUCUAGGCUUUGAUGUAGAUAUUGGUCCAUUGUUUGCAACUCCUCGGGAGGCAUCUCAGCAGGCGGUUGAUGCGGACGUCCAUGUUUUGGGGGUCAGCACUCUGGCUGCAGGACACAAGACUCUGAUUCCAGACAUGAUCCAGGAACUCAAGAACAUGGCGGGGGGAGUGAUACCACCCCAGGAUUACGACUUCCUGUACAAAGCUGGGGUCUCUGCUGUGUUUGGUCCAGGCACCAGAAUCCCAGAUGCAGCCAUUAAGGUCAUAGACAUGCUGGAGAAGAACAGUAACGACAACACGAAAGCAAAAUCUGCCACCGGCUGA